AUGAAGUUGUUUUGGUCGAUACUCGCAUUUGCGGUGGCUGUGGCUGCCCAGACGACAUGGCCCAUUAGCAGCACCAACUAUACGGACGCAAUACAGUGGGAUCACUACAGUUUAAUUGUGAAAGGAGAGAGGCUAGUUGUCUGGUCCGGAGAAUUUCACUACUGGAGACUCCCAGUUCCUCAUCUAUGGCGUGAUAUCCUCGAGAAGAUGAAAGCGCAUGGCUUCAAUACCUUUUCAAUCUAUGGUCAUUGGGGCUACCACUCAGCAGCAGAGGGAGCCCUUGAUUUUGAAAACACAGCCCACAAUCCACGCCCUAUACUGGAGCUGGCGGAGGAGCUGGGCAUGUAUGUGAUCUGGAGACCGGGACCAUAUGUGAAUGCAGAAUCGCAUAGUGGUGGCCACGCUCAAUGGGUUACUACCGGUGCCUAUGGGUCUCUAAGAAAUAACGAUACGCGUUUUGUAGAUGCGUACACACCGUACAUGGACACAUAUGAGAAACUGCUUGAGCCGUACCAGGUGCAGAACGGUGGCAACCUUAUCUUGGUGCAGAUCGAGAAUGAGUUUAGUAGCCAGAGAAUUGGAGAUUGCAAGACCUGCCCUCCAAAUUUGGUCAAUAUUGAUUAUAUGGAGAAACUCGAGGCACAGGCCCGCAAAAACGGAAUUUAUGUCCCGCUGACACACAACAAUCCUAACACCUAUGUGAAGGGUUGGAGUACCGACUAUGAUCCUCGCGGUGCUGUCGAUAUCUCGGGAGUGGACACAUAUCCAUACUGUUGGUCUUGUGUCUUGAGCGAAUGCGGUGGGAGAUAUCCUUACACCGUAGCAUACUACUAUGACUAUUUCCUUGAGACUGCGAAGAACCAACCCGCGUAUCUGCCAGAGUUCCAAGGUGGUUCUUAUAACCCAUGGGGAGGUCCACAGGGUGGUUGUAUCUCUGAGCAGAACUCUGAGUUCGUCAAUAUUAUGUACCGCCACAACAUCGGUGAACGGAUCACAAUCAUCAACAUCUAUGUCUUCUUUGGCGGAACCAAUUGGGGAAACAUUGGUUAUCCUCUCUCCGGAACAUCCUACGAUUACGCCGCAGCCAUUUCCGAAUCCCGUGAUAUUGGCGAGAAGUUCUGGGAAGGGAAGGCUCUCGGGCUCUUCAUUGAUGUUGCCCGUGACCUUGCACAGACCGAGCGUGUAUAUGCAGGAAUUGAGCUCACAAGUUCUCCAAAUGUCAACUGCUCGCUCAUGGAGAACCCGGAAACCCUUUCCAGGUUCUAUGUUCUACGCCACUCUACUUCCAAUGCCACUACCGAGGACAACUUCACAGUCAGCAUGACGACCUCUGAGGGAGACCUGACAGUCCCUCAAUACGGUGCAGCAACACUUUGGGGCCUUGCAGCAAAGAUCCUAGUAUCAGACUUCCCAUUCGGGAAAUUCUCACUUCUUUACUCGACUGCCGAAAUUCUCACAGCAUCCAUUGUCGACAACGAGCCUACCCUCGUUCUCUGGGUCCCCAACGGCGAGCAAGCUGAAUUCGUAGUAAAGGGCUACAAAGCCAAGAACAAGAAGGAAGUACUCCAGACAUGUGACGGCUGCAGUAUCAACUUCUACGCCACUAAAGCCGGAGUUAUGAUUAUCAACUUCCACCAGGAGGCUGGUAUCUCAGUUGUCCAGUUUGAUGGUUUCAAGGUCGUGAUGGUUGACAGGGGAGUUGCCUGGAAGACUUGGGUUCCAAAGCUUAACAAGGAUCCGUUGGCAGGUCUGGACAAAAACCUUAUUGUCCACGGACCUCGCCUUGUCCGCAAAGCCGUGAUUUCCAAGAACGAGCUGCAAUUGUCGGGCGACACCUCCGACGAGACCGAGCUCCUGGUCCAUGCCCCCAAGAACAUCAAGACCCUCACCUGGAACGGCAAGAAGAUUUCCAAGUUCUCCACAUCGAAGGCUGGAAUCCUCACCGCCACCCUUGUGGGUCCAAAGCUCACCGAGAAAGACGUGCUCAGCCAACUCAACUCGGGCAGCUGGAAAUACAAAGACUCCCUUCCCGAAGUCUUCCCCGAGUACGACGACUCAAAGUGGGUUGUCGCAAACAAGACCACCAGUCCAAACCCCACCAAGCCCGCCUACCUGCCCGUCCUCUACGCCGACGACUAUGGCUUCUUCCACGGCUACGUCCUCUACCGAGGCCGCUUCCCGGCUACUAAUGGCACCACGGGCGUCUACAUGAAUCUUCAGUUCGGCACUGCGGGCGGUUACUCCGCUUGGCUCAACGGGAAGUUCGUCGGCUCUUGGACUGGAAGCAUGGCCUCGACUGGGAACAGUACUUGGACUUUCCCCGCAGGCGCCGUAAAGGCAGAUAAAGAGAACGUCUUAGUGAUUCUGAUGGACCACAACGGAAAGGACCAGUUCGCGGCUGCGCUGAACUACCGUGGUAUCUAUGAUAUCUCCUUGAAGGGAUCGCAGCCGGCGACAUUCACCAAGUGGACCAUCCAGGGCAAUGCCGGGGGAACGGAUAAUAUCGACCCUGUGAGAGGGCCUUACAACGAAGGUGGUAUCACUGCUGAGCGUGCGGGCUGGCACAUGAACGGCUUUGAUUCGUCAAAAUGGGCGGAGACAAAGUCGAUGACCGUCCCUAACGCAACUGUCACCUUCUUCCGAAAGGAGGUCAAGUUCUCCAUUCCGGAGGGCUAUGACGUGCCUGUUCAGAUUAGAAUCGGCUCACCGGCUGGACAGAAGCUCCGUGUUCAGCUGUGGGUGAAUGGAUAUCAGUACGGCAAGUACAUGCCGCAAGUUGGAAAUCAAAUCGACUUCCCUAUCCCGCCGGGGGUGCUCAACUACAACGGCAAGAACACUUUCGCAGUCAGUGUAUGGAACGUGCAGGACAACUCACCAGUCAGCGUUGAGUAUGAGUGGAGCGUGAUUGGUAUCUACGAGAGUUCUUUCAGCUCCAGAUUCGACUCUGACGAGGUCCGGCCGGCGUACAACAAGAAGCGUUUGGAGUACUUGUAG